GGCUCAGAGGAGCCAGAGCGCAGGGGACAAGUCCAAAGCUGACCUGAGCUGUUGGCUAACUAGCAAGAGAGAACGACACAGCUAACUAGCUAGCUGCCAUGGACGCCGCGGGCGGCUCGUCGGAGCCAUCCUCCCCCUCCUCCUCCGGCGGCGGCGAGCAGGUGUAUGUGGCGGUGGGCGAGUCCAAGGCGAUGGUGCUGUGGGCGCUGCACAAGUUCCCCAAAGACACCGCCUUUGUGCUGCUCCAUGUCUGCUCCCAGCCCAAGCUCAUCCCCAUCAUGGGUGCCAGGAUCCCUGCUAGCCAGGUGCAAGAGCAGGAGCUGACUGCAUACAAGAAGAUGGAGUUGCAAAGAAUCAAUGACAGUCUGGACCAACAUCUGCUCCUAUGUGCACAGGAAAAGGUACAAGCUGAGAAGCUGGUGGUUGAAUCAGAUGAUGUGGCAGAGGGACUAGUGCAGCUCAUCACUGAGCAUCAUGUCACUGCCCUUGUCAUGGGGGCAGCAGCUGAUAAGCAUUACACAAAGAAAAUGAAAGCUCUCAAGUCCAAGAAAGCACAGGUUGUAGAACAGCGGGCAGAUCCUUCCUGCAAAAUAUGGUACAUCUGCAAAGGAACGCUUGUUUACCGUAGGAAGGCGGUUCCCCUUAGCCAUGGGGCAAUGCCGCAAGGUGCACAAAAGCCUGAUGCUCAACAGUUUUCAGUGGAUAGAUCAACUAGCUUGUCAGAUAUGUGGUGUGUUUCAAAUACAUGGCUACACAAACCAAAUCUCAGACGAUCCGACGGUAAUGAAAAGGAAACUGUUAACGAAUUUGACGAGGCUGAUAACAAAUUCCAGCAUAUGCUCCGGGAGUUGGAGAGUGUAAGAAAACAAGCUUACGAAGACAACUGCAGUCGUGAAAAGGCAGAAAGGGAGUUGUUUGAGGCUUUCCAGAAAGCACGAGCCUCUGAGAGUAUGUACUUCGGAGAAGUGAAGCAAAAGAAUCAAAUAGAGGAUAAGUUGAAAACAACACUGGAGGAAGUUGAAAGACUCACAGAAACAACUAAUGAACUUUGUGCAAAGCUUCAAGAUGAACGCAAGAAAAGAUUAGCCAUGGAGAAAACAACUUCCCAUUCAGACCGUAUUAUCAAGGAUUUGAUGUUGCAGCAUGACAAGGCAGUAAGAGAGGUAGAAGCACUACAUGCAAAGAAAGGAGAGUCUAGUGGAACCUCGGAGGGGACAAUGCACAUCACGGAGUUGUCCUGCUCGGAGAUUAACGGAGCAACCAACAACUUUGACCACUCACUGAAGGUUGGAGAAAGUGUUUAUGGAAGUGUGUACAAGGGCUUUCUUCGGCACACAAAUGUAGCUGUAAAGAAGUUGAAUCCUGAAAGCACACAGUCACAGUCGCAGUUCAAUCAAGAGAUAGAGAUUCUCAGCAGGGUUCGACAUCCAAACCUGGUGACUCUUAUAGGAGCUUGCAAGGACGCUCAAGCUCUUGUCUACGAAUACAUGCCCAAUGGAAGCUUGGAUGACCGCCUGGCUUGCAAAGACAAUUCUAAACCUCUCAGUUGGCAGUUGCGCACCCGCAUCAUUUCUGAUGUUUGCUCCGCGCUCAUCUUUCUCCAUUCUAAUAAACCCCAUAGCAUUGUCCACAGUGACCUUAAAGCAUCGAACAUUCUUCUUGAUGGAAACAAUGUAGCAAAGCUCAGUGGUUUUGGCGUGUGCCGAAUGUUCACUGAUGAGUUCAGGGGCAGAACCACUCUAUAUAAGCAUACCCACCCAAAGGGGUCUUUUGUGUACAUUGAUCCUGAAUAUGUUAUGACUGGUGACCUGACCCCCCUAUCUGAUGUAUACUCUUUCGGAAUCGUGCUGCUGCGCCUUUUGACUGGAAGACCAGGAUUCGGGCUGUUGAAAGAUGUGCAACGGGCAGUGGAAAAGGGUUGCCUGGAAGCAAUUUUGGAUUCAUCUGCUGGGGGCUGGCCAGCUAUGCAGGCUGAGCAAUUGGCUCGGGUAGGUCUGAAAUGUUGUGAAAUCAGAAGAAAAAACCGCCCUGACCUGCAAACGGAGGUUUGGACUGUACUUGAACCAAUGUUGAAGUCUAGUUCCAUCAUUUUGUGUUCCUUAUCAUUUAAAUCAGUAUCCGAAGACCUUGGAGGUGUGCCGCCCUACUUCAUCUGUCCAAUACUACAGGAUAUCAUGAGGGAGCCUCUAAUUGCUGCAGAUGGUUUUACCUAUGAAGCCGAAGCUAUAAGGGAGUGGAUUGACAAUGGCCACCAUACAUCACCCAUGACAAAUCUUGAGCUACUCCACUGUGAUCUUUUGCCGAACCAUGCCCUCCGCUCUGCGAUCCAAGAAUGGCUGCAGACAAAUGCAAAUUAAUAU